AUGGAAGAUGCCACCGUGAAAUUCCUGCUGGAGAACUUGAAACAACUCCUCGUGACAAACGCGGAUCUGAUCAGCAGCGCCAAGAUCCAGGUCGAGUGGCUCAAUAAAGAUUUGCGCCUCUUCAACACCUCCAUCAAGGACUCCACCAUAGAGUGGCAAAAGGGCAUCCACCUCUGGGAGCUCGUUCGACAGAUUCGAGAUUUCAUUCCGCCCGCCACUAUCACGCUUGAGGUCAUUGGCGUCUCCUUCCUCCGUUGUCGUCAUAUUGUUUCUUCCCGACCACCAUCGUGUUCCCUUCAGCCGCGCCGAAGAUUGACGCCAAUGUGCCACGGCUUGACAGGGCAACGACUACUGCUCAUGAACUCAGGCACCGACAAAUUCAGCUACAGAAUCAAUUGGUCGAGGCGAAAUUGGCCACUGUCCACAUUCAUGCGAUUGACAGCGUGA